AUGACAAGAUUGAGCUCCCAUGCAGCGUCGGGGAGAACCUACGCAAGUCGAAAAAGGAUUCUGACCCAGCCCUCUGGACCGACCCCUCAGCCCGCACCCGUUGGUGCUUCGUCCGGAGCUUCCCACUCAGCAAGUUUCCGCAAUGGCCCGGUCUCCAAUCGAAGUUUCGAAAAUGCCGGUCACUCCAACGACUGGGCCGUUCCUGGCACUCAGGCACAAGCAGUGAACCAAGCAUAUUCACAUCAACCAGCUCCAUCACUCCAGGGCGUUCAGAGAGACUUCUCGAUCGUAGCACAGAGCAACACCGUUCAAACAAGCAGUCAGAGCGAGUUUGCCGUGCGGCCACGAAGGACUGUCUCGCAGAGCCGACGAGGCCAAUCCAGUGGCGAGCCUCAUCUGAAUGGACAUGGUCACAUGGUUGCUGCUGAACCUUCAAACACACACGUCAGCGAAUUCCAGACGUCCACCUUUCUUCCCCACGCUCAUAACCGCCCACCAAGCUGUGGCGUGACACAUGCGGACGAAGGGGCGCCUACAUCCUUCAACGCGCAGCAAGAUAGAGCCAGAACGGCUCCUGACGCAAGGCGUCAUGCUUCCAGGGGGCCGGACAAUUCAAUUCAAGCGCAGCCAAUCUCUCUCCAAGGGCAACCCCUUUCUUCUGAUGCGCAACACCUUCAUCCCAGCAGGCUGCCCACUCCUCGCGAGGCAUCACGUCCUCCUUCCCAAAAGCUGCGCACUACUGUCGAAGAGCCAUCUCCUUCUUUUCAGCAGCAGCGAGCGAUCUCGAGGGAAGGGACUACGGGUACCCGUAAUGAUGCUGAUCCAAUUUACACGCGCCUACGCAAAUUCCUGGUAGACGCCAAUGACUUUCUUCAAAAUAUUACAGACGCAGGCGAGAAGGUCAUAGACUCCUUUGAGGCCUUCACGGAGGAGCACGGAACCAUCGGCGAUCUCAGAUUGGAUAUUCUUCAGUUGCAAAAGGAUUUGGGCAAAACACUCCGCGAAGAGAUUGCGACGCAGCGACAUGAGACGAUGAGAGACGUGGAAGACAUAGUGGGGAAAGUCCUCCAGACGUUCUGGGUCUCGAAAGUCCUCCCCGCCCUCGAGACGGUCAAGAGAUCCGUCGAAGGCAUUGAGAGCAAUCUCACUCGCAUCCAAUCAGCUGCUGAGACGCGGCAUACAGAGCUGAAGCUGUCCGUUGAGAGCCUCCAAACCUACGUUGGCGAAAAAUUCGACAAGCUCAAAGAGAAUUUGGAAGACUUCUCCAGCAACGAGCGUCGGGCACGUCAGCGAGACUUUGAUGAUUUCCGGGAUCUACUCCUCAGAAUGCAAAUUCGACAAUUUGUAGAUCAAAGGGAAGAUCAUGGCCAGAUUGCUCAAGCAGGCUUGCCGUCUGCAAACCGUUCCCGUGGUCGAUCGCAGACGGCUCGAGAAUACCCUACAACGGUUCAACAAGGCCACGUAGCGACCGCAAGUGGCGCACAACGGGCGAUCGUUGACCGGAGGAACGCUGUGCCAACCCUGGCGCAAGCGCCUGAUGCUACGACUCGGAUCCUUGAGCAUGAGCUUUCUGAUGAAGAUGAUGUCUUGAGCUCAGCAGAUGAUGAUGCACCGCUUGAUCAGCUGAUCCGGGAGCGCAAAAAGCAUGUUGCAGCACCUGUCGAGGAGAACGAGACCAGCAGCGGUGCUGAUACACGCUCUCCCUCACCGCCGCUGCCGCCGCCGCCCAAGAGGAAACGAGGCCGAACUCCCAGCGUCAAACCGAUUACUCAGCACGUCGAUGGGUCAACGCUGCAAGGCCGACCUGCACAAACGAACGUCGACGCCGGGCCGUCUACGACGAGGGCUGAACCGAGGCAGGCAGCGCCAUCUACCUCGGCCCAGGAACCGGGCAGUAAGAGGCCUCAAAGCAGACCUCGCAAAAACACGAAUCUUACAAGCAACGAAGGAGAAGGCGAAGCUUCGUCAGUGGCAGAGCCCGCAGAAGAGCGAGCAGCACGUCCAGCGACGGGACGAGCUGUUUCACGAGGAAGACAAAGGGCUACAUCCGUGAGCAAUUCGAAGCGCAAGCAGCGUGAUGAUGACGAGGACACCGAGUAUGUAGCCCGAAUUAAGACAGGCGAAGUGACCAGAGAUGCUGGGGCGUCGGAGGAUCGCCGUUACCCAAGGCGAACGCGUAAGCAAGUGAACUAUGGGCUCUAA